AUGCCGAGCCAGAGCAAAUCAAACCAAAACACGCACGACGAAAUGAAUUUCAAGACAUUGAUCUCCGGUGAAGUCCGCAAGCCCAUCGUCAAUAUGCAGGUGGGACUAGUAAAGUAUCUGAGCGCGGGCAGCCCGAGCUUUGGCUACGAGUGGAUGCUCCAGUCAAUAAUAAUACUGACUUAG